AUGCUCAAGGUUCUGCGAACAACGACCCGCUUGGGCCUCUAUCAGGCGCGAUGGAACUCGACAGCGAGCCCAUCACUGCCGCCGUUGCUGGCUACAUUGAAGGCCGAUCUGAAGACUGCUAUGAGGGCAAAGGAUACGGACAGGCUGAAUGUCAUUCGAGCUCUCAUUUCCGAAACCAACAACUCGCAGAAGACCGCCUCUCCCAUUCAAACAGAUUUGCAGUUACUCGCACUUAUCCGAAAGCGCGCCGCCGCUUCCAGAGACUCGAUUCAGCAGUUUGUUGAUGCCAACCGCCCGGACCUCAAGGAGAAGGAGGAAAAGGCCCAGGCAAUUCUUGAGGAAUACGGUAACCAGGUGCAGACGAUGGGUGCCGAUGAAAUCAAGCAAAUUGUGUCGGAGCAGGUCAACAAGAUGAAGGCGGCUGGUACCAAAGUUGAGAUUGGCCUUGUCCUCAAGUCUCUAUUUGCGCCCGGAGGAGCUUUGGACGGCAAGCCUGCGGAACGAUCUGAAGUUGCGAAAAUCGCAAAAGAAACCGUUUCCGCUGCUUGA